AUGCCCUCAUCUCCAUCUCAGCGACUUUUGGGCAGCACAGCAGCCUCCAGUCUGGCUGUGUCUCCCGUGGGAUGGGCCACGAGGGCCGGCAUCACGCUGCCCCUAUUCCGAAAAGCCUCCAUGAUCCUGCCAAACACAGGACAGCGAGUACGACGACAAGUGACUUUCAGCAACGAGGAAGGGCGACUGGUGCCACAGACAAUCAAGAUAACGCCUGAAGAACUGGAGGCAUUAGCAGACGCAAACGCAAACGCAAACGCAAACGCAAACAAUUUCCAGACAACGUACCAAAAUUACAACAGUAUCACCGAAUUUGGAGAACCCAACAGCAGUUCUUCUCCAAACUCGCCAGAACCGGACCCCGAACGGUCCUUCAACUACGCUGUAUCGACAGUUGACAGCCCCACAAUGUGCCACAGACACAAACCAAAGCCCACAGGAGUGUUUGGGAAACUGAAAUAUUACGCCACUGGAGCAUGGAUCGAUCCAGAAGCAAAGGUCGUCUUAAAAUGUUCAGUGGGAUACCUUCUAGGAACCGUGUUCGUCUACAACGACCGUCUCUCAAGACUAUUGGGUAACGGUGACUCCAAACAUAUGGUUGCCACUUCAGUUAUUUAUUUCCACCCAGGAAGAACCAUGGGAAGUAUGGUUGAGGCUCUUAUUUUUGCAUCUAUCGCCCUGCUGUACUCCUUUUGUGUCUGUUCUCUGAGUAUGUUAGUGUCGGCAUUUCUGGUCGACUUGCAUAUGCGCCUAUUGGCGUACAUUAUCGACCUAGUCAUCUUCUGCGCCGUGGGACUGGGCACUCUGGCCUUUGUUAAGCAGAAAAUGGACUUGCCGACUUUCAACACUGCCACUUCACUGGCGUGUGUGUGCCUUGUUAGUGUGCUGACGAAGGAGGGAAACGUGCAGCAGGGCAGAAUUUCUUUGGAACAGCUGAACCAGAUCUUCUUGCUCGCCAUUACUGGUUGUACUGUGUCUGCUCUGGUUUGUGUAACGCUCUGGAGAACUUCUGCAGUCACAGAACUCAAGCAAUCCAUUUCAAACACCAUGGACAUAUAUGGAGACAUGCUUCUGUAUCUUACCAGGCAGUUUAUGCGGGCUGUCGACGUGGACAGCGUCGAGUACAUUGAGCUCAAGGCCAAGCUGCGUGCCCAGCUGAGUUGUUUCAGAAACAUUCGUCAUGCGAAGCUGGAACUGUACUUGACAGGCCGAGAAGAUGAAUACCACCAGCUGGAGAAGCUCGUUCAUCACAUGAACAGUAUUCAUCAGCAUCUUAACGCUCUUACUUCAGGUGUUGAAACGGAGCAUUCUACAUUGACGCGAAAGAAGCUGUCCCAGCUGUUUAAGGACAGCCCCAUCAGAAAAAGACACUCAUUGAAGAGAACUCUUUCUACCCCUGGAAGUUCUCUUCCUUCCCCGAAUUUUGCAUCUACAAAACCCAAUGAGCCUACAAUCACGCCUGAAAAUCUGUUUGAUGUCUUCUUAUACCACUUGGGUCCACCCAUGAAGUCUUUUUCCCUGACCAUGAAGCGGAUCUUGCACGGUUCGGAGCUCGACAAAUGCGAUGCCGAGGCGGAUGUUGCUCAGUACCAGAGAUCACUUGGUCUUGCUGAGGAGCUAUUCUGUGAAGCCAGAAAGAAGGCUCUGGCUGAAGUCUACGGCUUGGGGCUGUUUAAGCGAAGGCACAAUGACGAGUUCAUCACUGAUUGGGAGCAGGUGGCGGCUUCGUGUGGUAACUUCUCGCUGCUGCUUGAAGAAAUGGCUUCUGAGGUGCAAAAGUUGCUGGGAAGCAUAGAGGGAUACCUCACCAUCCGUGAAAACGACGAGAGAAGCUACCGAUGGCUGUGGGGAGGCAAGCAUAGAGAACCGACGGCAGCAGAGGAGGCAGAAACUUCCCAGAGGAGUGCAGUCAACAAGAUCAUCAGUGGACGUAAGACCAUGGCGUUCAUGACUCGACAAUCUGAUCUUCUGGAGGAGGGGUUUGCUGGGCGAAUGCAUGAUGAUCUCAAUAGUGCUCUGACUAAGAAGGCAAAGCACGGAGAGCUCGAAAAGCCGUCUAUGUCGUUCCGUCUGUGGAAACGCCUGCGUGUUUUUAGAAGACGAGAUGUCCAAUUUGGAAUUAGGGUAGGUAUUGGAGCAGCUAUGUUUGCUACCCCCGCUUAUAUGCCCAGUCUUCAGCCAAUUUUCUAUACAUGGAGGGGCGAGUGGGGGUUGAUUUCCUACGUGGUCAUCAUGUCCAAGUCAGUAGGAGGCACUACUUGGACUGCCUGGAAACGAAUUAUCGGUACGUUUUUGGGUGCUAUGUGUGCCUAUGUGUCUUGGGUUUUGUUCCCAGAGAACGAAUACAUGUUGGCAUUGAUUGGAGCUGCCAUUUCUUAUCCUUGUUUCCGCAUCAUUGUUACGUGGAAGGAUAACAAUGCGUUUGGCCGAUUCGUUCUGCUCACCUUUAACAUUACAGCUGUGUAUUCGUACUCGUUGUACCUUGGAGACAACGACAAUGACGACGAUGAAGGAGGUCUAAGGCCUCUGGUAGGUACUAUUGCUUUCCAUCGGUUCGUUUCUGUGUGUGCUGGAGUUAUGUGGGCGUUCCUGGUUACUGUUCUAUUGCUCCCCAACAAGGCCCGAGUCAAUCUCAAGCAUGGUCUGUGUUCACUCUGGUUGCGAAUGGGUCUUACGUGGAAAGACCCGCUGGCGUCCCAAUUUGAUCCUGCUACUGGAGGGUAUAGGUUGGUUGGGCUUGCUGAGCAGCCCCAGUUGCAGAACACAUUGAUCCAGCUGGACGGUCUGCUCAAACAUGCCCCCAACGAGUUUCGUCUCAAGGGCCGUUUCCCUAAGAACACGUACGACAACAUUCUCAAAUCAACACAGAAGAUCCUUGAUGCGUUCCAGAACCUGCGACUGGUCAUUGAAAAGGACCCCACCACGACUCCUCAUGAAGCUGUUCUGCUCAAAAGCACGCUGGCUGAACGUACUGAGCUCAGUCAUCGAAUUUUCCUGCGGUUCUACAUGCUGGCCUCUGCCAUGAAGCUUGGUUUCCCCUUCCCAGACAAUUUGCCCUCCACCAAGCAUUCUCGAGACCGUAUGAUGGUCAAACUGAAUAUCUAUCGAGGCAGUCAACCUGAAGAGUAUGAGCAAAACAACGUCAUGGCAGCUGGUUCGGAAAUCACAGAUAACGACUUUGCGCUCCUGUACAUCUACAUUCUGGUCUGUGUGACCAUCACCUCCGAGCUGGAGAUUCUAGCCAAGCUGAUGCAGGAUCUGUUUGGUGUUAUUGACGAGGAGAUGUUCGAUAUUAGUUACAGUUAG